UCGUAACACAAUCAAUCUUCCCGACUUCUGACGUGUAUCCAAUUGGACACCCUUCACAAAGUUUGUCUGGGCGUUUAAAUCGAAGAUCUGCCUCGUCAAAAUAUCCUCUCACCUUCGAGAGAUCGUUGUUUUACAUGUGACCUAACCCGAUUCGGUCACCUGGUCGCCUACAUCCUGCACGUCGAAUCAGCCUCAGCUUCAGAGAACAAACAAAAACCCCGCCCCCGCUUCGAACCUCCAAGUUCCGAUAACGACGGUCUCAGCUCCACGUCUUCUCAAAAUUUUUGUUUUCUUCGGAACUACUUGUUUCGGAGUAACCUGAUUCAAACAGGCUGUGAAAGGAAGCAGAUAGAACAAGCCGUACCAAGUGAUCAAGAUGGCACCAAAGUUCGUCAAGAAGCUGCUCGUUAUCUUGCACUUGCGAAAGCCCGAGAUUGAGAAGUAUGACUAUGACGCUCACAUGCAUCUCGAGGCCCAAGGCUUCUACAACGAGGGUCUGGAAGGCAUCUACAAAUGUCCCCAACCCCGCUGCAAGAACACCAUCUCCGUGUACCGCCAAGUCCGCCGCCAAACCACCCACUUCCACGACAUUCUGCGCUUCGAGCAGACCGUCCCCGUCCACGCAUCCUCCAAGCUCAAGCCCGCGUCCAAGACCACCCACCUGAAGCCCACGCUCCCCGGCAAAGCCUCCGUAUCGGUCCCCGUGGUCUGGAACGGCGAGAAUCGCAAGCCGGUCUCGGAGAAGGAGUACAUUGGCCAGAAGAAGACGGUCGAUGGUAAGACGUAUACCUUGGCCAAGCAUCGGUUCUUUGCGAGCGUGCAGUGUGUCGCUUGUAAGAAGGACAUGCAUCUCUGGGACGAGUUGAGGAAGUAUGAGGGUGAGGAGGAGAUGCGGUGGUUUUUGGCGAGGAAGGAGGGGAACCCGGGAUUGAAGGAUGUUGAGGGAGGUGGAAGUGAUGCUGAGACGCUCGUUGAUGUGUGAGUGACCGAACCGCAAUGGUGGAUUGAGCACUUUCCGUACUUGAGUUGAGGCUUUUCCUCGUUCGCAAAGGGGUUUUAUGAGCACUUGCUAGGGAAUGGUGGUGGUUCUUAUUUGCGCUGGUGCAUGGAGCAAUAUGGAUGGGUAAAUGCCUGGCCUGGCUUUGAUAUCCUAUGGGCGCAUCAACUGGUCUCUCCAAUGCUUCUUCUGAAACGGUCGUAGCUAGUAACGAAUACAGGAAAACACGUCUUUCUCAUAAGUUGACUACAAGCAUUGCCAAC